AUGCAGAAGACGUCCGGUCAACAGAAACGCAAAGGCGGUCAGAUCCGCUUCACCAACGAGCAGACCGACGCCCUCGAGCACAAAUUUGACGCCCACAAAUACCUCAAUCCCAGCGAGCGGAAGAAGCUGGCCAAGGCACUCUCGCUCUCCGAAAGACAGGUGAAGACGUGGUUCCAAAACCGUCGCGCGAAAUGGCGCCGGAUCCGGAAAGACGGGGAGGAGGAGGAUGAUCUCGGUGCCGGGAUGGGACAGCGUCCAGCUUUUCCCUCGGCCACCACCGCCUCCUCAUCACCAUUUCAGUUCACGACUACACCCUUCCAA